GCCAGUCACAAAGCUAAAAAAAGCACCGAGAAAUCUAGUGGUGCAGCGAGCGAACCUCCCCGUCCCCUCCCCUUCCUCCGCCUCCCAAUCCCAAUUUUUUUUUUCCACCGCAGGCCUCUCCCCCGGCUCCCCGCGACGACGACCCCGAAGCUUCGCGAAGCUUCCAGGGCCUUACCCCGCGGGCCGCCCCUCCCCAGAUCGCCGCCUCCGGCAGCGGCGAGGCGGCAUCGCGAGGGCGGAGGAGGAGGAGGAGGAGGAGGAGGAGCCGGGCGACGGGGACGGCGGAGGCGGGCCAAGGCGAGGCUAGGGUUUGGGGUCGGGGUCGGGCUGCGUCGGCCGGCGCCCCGGUGAGGGAGGAGGAUGCAUAUGAUGCGGCGGCUGAAGAGCAUCGCCUCCGGCCGCUCGUCCGUCUCCGAUCCGGGUGGUGACUCUGGCUCCAAAAGGCCAAAGUUUGAGCAGGAUGGAGCAGGAGAUAUUGUUAUCGAACCACACUUAAAUGAGGACAAACCUCUGCGAAUAGACCAAGAAUCAUCGUCAUCAUCCAAUAGGGAUGCUGAGGCAAGCACAUCCACUAGCAUGAAGCCUGUUAAAACUGAAGAACCAGGAACAGAUCUUCUUCCAAAAGAAAUGAAUGAUAUGACGAUCAGUGAUGAUAAAGCUGAUGGCCACAAUGAUAAGGAAAUCGAAGGGGUUACUCUUGAUGGAAAUGGAACUGAGACAGGACAGAUCAUUGUGACAACAAUAGGAGGUCAUAAUGGGAAGCCAAAGCAGAAGGUCUCAUACAUGGCAGAACGGGUUGUUGGUACUGGUUCAUUUGGUGUAGUUUUCCAGGCAAAAUGCUUGGAAACUGGUGAGACGGUGGCAAUAAAAAAGGUGUUACAAGAUAAGCGGUACAAGAAUAGAGAGCUCCAAACUAUGCAGUUACUUGACCACCCUAAUAUAGUUCAGCUGAAGCAUCACUUCUUUUCAACAACUCAAAGGGGAGAAGUUUACCUCAACCUUGUGCUUGAAUUUGUAUCUGAGACAGUUUAUCGUGUUGCCAAAUACUACAAUCGGAUGAACCAGCGAGUGCCCAUAAUAUAUGUUAAGUUAUAUGCAUAUCAGAUGUGCCGUGCGCUUGCUUACAUUCAUCGUGUUGUUGGUGUUUGUCAUCGUGAUAUUAAACCUCAAAAUCUACUGGUCAAUCCUCAUACACAUCAACUUAAGAUUUGUGAUUUUGGGAGUGCUAAGAAAUUGGUCCCUGGUGAGCCUAACAUAUCAUACAUUUGCUCACGGUAUUAUAGGGCUCCUGAACUAAUAUUUGGAGCUAUGGAGUAUACUACUGCAAUUGAUAUCUGGUCCGUUGGCUGUGUGGUAGCUGAGCUUAUGAUUGGUCAGCCUUUGUUUCCUGGUGAAAGUGGUGUUGAUCAACUGGUGGAGAUAAUAAAGAUUUUGGGUACUCCAACAAGAGAGGAAAUCAGGUGCAUGAACCCUAAUUACUCUGAGUUCAAGUUCCCUCAGAUAAAGGCCCAUCCCUGGCACAAGCUUUUUGGUAAGCGCAUGCCACCUGAAGCUGUUGACCUCGUGUCAAGGUUACUUCAGUACUCACCAAACCUGCGCUGCACGGCUGUUGAUGCUUGUGCCCAUCCUUUCUUUGAUGAGCUGCGAGACCCCAAAGUUUGCUUGCCAAAUGGGCGGCCCCUGCCACCAUUGUUCGACUUCACAGCAGCUGAACUUGAAGGGCUCCCAAUUGAGCUUGUCCAUCGUAUCAUUCCUGAGCACAUGAGGAAGUGAAGAGGUGGGCCAGCUGGAAAUCCUUGUUUCCUUGUUAGUUCUUCUGAGAUGCGCAGGGCAUGCUAUGGAUCGGUUUGGAGUAGUGGUAUAGCUAGCCAACGCCUUGCUAGAUGUAAAGAGGGCUGAAAGUUCCUCAAAUCGGGCGCGCCAGUGAGCCUAGAGGCAAACCUAAUGUUUGCUUGCUGCCCAUGGCGGAAUUGGCUCGUAUCAUUGGCAUUUCAUCUUGUGUCCCCAGAUGUGUAUCGAUAACUUAGGCUGUUGUAUUACCGGGUUCAUGCUGAACAAGAGAAUUCAUAGUGCUUGCUUCCCUAGCUGGGAAUCCCAGAAUGUCGGUUUUGAUUACUGCA